UUAAUUAUUAAGCAAUUCCUAUAACUGAUGGUGUUGAAAUGGUGGACAUUAGUAACGCAAGUCUCGCAGAAUGGUUUUCGGAGAUAGAACAGCACCGAUGUGGAUACUGCAAGAAUCCCAGUGGAAGUGUAUCUUUCGGUAUGAUGGUGGAAUCGAUGACAGUGGAAGAUUAUCAAGAUUUGAUAGAUAGGGGAUGGAGAAGGUCGGGAAAAUAUUGUUAUAAGCCUUCCAUGGAUAAAACUUGCUGUCCCCAGUACACAAUCAGGUGUGACGCUGUAAACUUUGUUUUGAACAAAUCCCACAAAAAGGUAAUAAAAAAAUUUAACAAAUUUCUAAGGGACGGUGUUUUACAAAAAAAAAAUGUGCUUUUUGAUAAUAUGCAUGAUGAUUCAUGCAGUGAGUACCAAGAACAUAAGCGGCAGUCUGUUAAUAUUGAUUUAAAAAAAGUUAUUACUACCUCUGGAGAAGACCUCAAAAACGUUGUGUUGGAGGGAGAAAAUCCUGAGGACACUAGCAGUGAAAAAAUUGAGGGUAUUGUUGCAUCUAUCCCAGAAAGAAACCAAAAACAUGUCAGAGAAGGUGUAGGCCCAGAUCAUAGCAAACCACCCUGCAAAAAGGCAAAAUUUUUGCGUCUAGAAAGAAAGAAAGCAAAAUUACAACAAAAAGGAGAAGCCAUACAGUUUGUCAAUGGUACCAAUGAACAGAAAUCUUUAAAUCAAUUUUUGGAGGAUAUACCUACUGAUGGGAAACUCAAACUUAAGCUUAAGCUCAUUCAUUGUGCUGCUGAGACCGAGGAAUGGAAUCAGGUCGAGGAUUUGGAAUUUGAUCUUUACAGAAAAUAUCAAAUGAAGGUGCACCAGGAUCCACCUGAAAAAUUAAGCAUGCGCAGUUUUUUGAGAUUUUUAGUCCAUUCUCCCCUGAAGUUUAGGAAAUUUCCCGACGGUGUAGAUGGCCCAGGAUAUGGUUCGUUUCAUCAGCAGUACUGGUUGGAUGACAGGUUAAUCGCAGUGGCCGUCAUCGACGUGUUGCCCAAGUGCGUCAGCUCUGUGUAUUUCUUUUAUGACCCCGAUUACAGGGAUUUGACAUUAGGCACUUACGGUUCGUUAAGGGAAGUCCAGUUCGUGCAGUCGCUGCACUCGAAAAUUGCGGACCUGAGGUAUUACUACAUGGGAUUUUACAUCCACUCGUGCCCCAAAAUGCGCUACAAGGGUAAUCUGCGCCCUUCGUAUUUGCUGUGCCCGGAAUCUUACGUGUUCGUCCCAAUCGAGCGGUGUUUACCCAAACUGGACGCCAGUAAAUAUUCGAGAUUAAACGACGACGCGCACGCGCGGGACGAAAACGCGUGCACCGAUACCGACUUGGACAAGAUCAAGGUGGUUUACAAUUUGAGGUUAAUGUACGUUUCGGAUUUCGUCAGGGUAUUCGGAGGCGAUCGCGAAACGUUUAAGAAUCUGGGCAAGCUGGUGGGCAGAAGGUCCGCCCACAAUAUUCUGUUCUGGAUCGGCUAG